CUAUACUGGUUAAGUAUCUGGGUACUUACAUACGUACCUAGGUAGGUAUAUAUCUUCAUUUAUAAUACAUCACUCAGGGUGGGCAUGUACCUAGGUACAUAAGUGUGUUGGUCAGGGCAGCAGGAGUGCCAAUUACCAAACAAUCCGACCGACAACGCCCAACAGCGAAUUUCCCCUCUUUUAGUCCUACACGAUAUUGGAAACCUAGCGAUAACGGGCAACCGAAAUAGUCACAUCAGCCAUGGGAGUUGACGUCGGCUUCGACAUGGUCCCUCGCCUAUCCAAGGGGGCGGCCGAUAGACAAAAUUGGGACCACUUCAUUGCCACUGUUCAAAAACAUUACAAAGACGACGUAAAGGUCGAAACGAAGGCGAAUUACAUCGAGUUUAAUGCAGGAGAACAUCCCGUACUCCCUUUCGAAGGCCAUAAGUUCCUCCGUUUCAGCUCAAAUACUGCAGGAUCUAUCGCGGUAGAAACAGGAGUAAGGGAUUAUAUCGACACCGUUAUCAAUAUUGCAAGACUCCAUUUCGGCCCUCGUGUUCAUGUUUGGAGCGAGUUAUCUGGUCAGCUUGGUUACUACGAUUGGGCAGAAGUUCAUAAGUCAUUCAAAUCCUAUCAAACACGAGACGACAUGGAGACACAUACCAACCUUACGCAUAUCACCGAUCCCAUUAAAGAGCUUAGUACGCCUCUCCUUGAGGUCGCGAUCAUCCCAGGACGAGGUAGAGGUCUCAUCGCCCGAUCCAAUAUCCCUUUAGGCACGAGGAUUCUUUGUGAGAAACCACUUCUCACAGUGAAACCUAUGCCAGACGAUGAAUUAGAGGAAUACAUUUCCACACAGCUCAAAGCAUUAUCUAAAAACGAGCAGCGGCAAUUCCUAUCACUCCACAACAACUUUCCAAGGAUGCAUCCUUUCCGUGGUGUUGUCAAAACGAACGGUUUAGCGUGUGGAUGCGAUUCCUCUGUAGGCGGAGUCUACGCUAAUAUAUGCCUCAUCAACCACAGCUGCCUCCCCAACACGCACCACAGCUGGAACACCGAUGCAAAACAUGAAACCAUCUACGCCAUCCGACCAAUUGAAUGCGGGAAAGAGAUCACUAUUUCAUACCACCCAGGCAAACCAUCCGCUGUCCGUCAGAAAUCCUUAAUGAAGUCCUUCGGUUUCCAAUGCACGUGCAAACAGUGUUCCCUUCCGGCCGCCGAACUACAAGCCAGCGACCGUCGUCGCAUACUAAUCGAAAGUCUUGACGACCAAAUUGGCGAUCCAGUGACUUUUGCAGGAAGCCCAAAUACAAUUCUCGAGAGCUGCCGCACAUUACUCCACCUUGCAGAAGAAGAGUACGAGGGAUAUCCUGGAGCCAUUCUCGCCCGAUUAUUCUAUGAUGCUUUUCAAGUAUGUAUCGCCAAUGGGGAUCAGGCCCGGGCAAGAACAUUCGCACAAAGGGCCUAUGAAGCUAGGCUUGUCUGUGAGGGUGAAGAUAACCCCGAUACGAAGAAAAUGAAGGCAUUUGCCCGGAAGCCGACGGACCAUCAUAGCCAUGGCCUAUCAUCUAUGAGGUGGAAAACAACGAAGGAAAUGGUUCCGAAAGGUCUCGACGCCGAUCAAUUCGAGAUGUGGUUAUUUCGAAUGCAGAAGUGAAAAUAAACGGCAUUAAGGUCGCCUUUAUGCGAUGAAAUAUGUCCUCAUUUCUAGGGGGCUGGGGGAAAGU